UUACCAGAAAUAAGUAGCAUCAUUGUUACGUCUAAAAUGUCCACCUUGAACGUUCACCAAAAACUUUCUAGAUCAUCGUUAUAAAAUUGUUACACACAUCAAUAGUCAAUCAUGGAACCUUGGAAUACAAAUGACUCUUAUCUUCCACCACCUUUUGUUAAUGAUGUCCAUCGAUGUUUACCAAAAAGUAGCCGUUUCGAUGAAAACUGUUUACCAGAUUCAGGCGACUUACGGAUUCCAAUGGAAAGACCAGAAGAUAUGCUGGAUCCAAGUAAAAUAAAUCCAGCAUUUUACCCAAUCAUAAUCACCCAUGCAAUCACAUUCAUCAUUGGAAUUGCAGGCAACAUUGUAGUCAUACUAACCUGGGCUGGUCGAGGUAAACUCAGGUCACCAACAACGGCAUUCCUGGUUUCCCUUGCAAUUGCCGAUCUUUUAUUGUUAAUUGUUUACGUUCCUCUUGAAACCCUGGAAUACUUUGCUAUAACAUGGGAUGUUGGAGGUUCAGUUUGUAAACUGAGUUCAUACGUUGAAAUGCUCUGUGGUAUAUCAUCUGUACUCAAUCUGGUUGCUGUUUCAAUUGAAAGAUUUUUAGUGAUUGUUUAUCCCAUCAAAGCAAGGCGAUUAUGCACCUUAAGUACAAGCCGUCGAGGCCUUUUGCUAGUUUGGUCUUUGGCCGUUAUACUUGCUCUUCCAGUUGUUUUUACAAAGAGAAUUCAUCCGAUAACAUAUUACAAUAGUUCCACCUCAGCUACUGCCUAUUACUGUUGGGAUGCUGAUGAUGACUGGGCUGCCAUCAUAGCCAUCUAUCAGUUGCUUGUUAUGUUUGUCCUUCCUGGAGUUCUAAUGGUCAUUUGCUACUUUUGUGUUAUCCAAGAGCUUUGGGUUAGCACACGGACAAUGGCUUCAAUGACCAAAAACCCAUCCACACCAAUCACUGGUUCAACGUCAACCAAUGGUACAUCAAGUGAGUCUCACAUGUCAACCACAACCAGUCAACUAACCUCAUCAUCAGUCCGCCACGAUUACCAGAUUACAUGA